ACAACUAAAAUAAUAGAAAAUUUAUACAUUCUGAAAGAAAGAUCACAAAUUCAAAUCCUCAGCCAAAUUGAUGUCUCGAAGCCUUGCAUUUGAAAUCCUAGUACGAGAAAAACGAUAAGCCACAAAGAGACCACAAUUGCAGCAGAAACAGCGGUGAAGCAGUUGCAGAACAAGCUCAAUGGAUUCUGCAACAGUUAAAAAUUAGCUCAUAGAUUCUUAUCUCUGUUGGAAGUCUUUGAAUAGAUCAUCCUACAAACCUGGAAAACCACCUGGAAAACCACAAAUCUGUCUUUGUCUUGUACACCUCGUCCACUCCUUUUGUUGUUAUGCACGUUGAAAAGUGUGGGAAGGCGAAGCAAAUAAUAAAGCAGAAAGGUGGUCACGGGGGUCCUACGCGCAAGCCCUGUGAUUAACACGCAAAGACACAAUAUCUAAGGCGGUGGAAAAUACAGGUGGGUUAUCAAUUGUUUUGGCGGCACUCACGGCGGUGAAUGCUCAGCCCGGGAAGACGUGUUCAAAUAAUGCUGUCCCCAAAAUCUGUCAAUCACCCACAAAUAUCAAUUAUAUCCGCAUCCAACCACAUGGGGGGCAAGUGGUUUCAUAAUUUAUUGAGAUUCACGCUAUCUGAAGUUGCAUAAGCAGAAAGUUCAGCUUUUUUAAUGCCCACAAGACGACUGGAACAUUCUGGUAUUGUGCUUAGGGUUCCAUGUCCAGUUACGGCGGCGGCGGCGGCGACGGGGAGGAGAGCUGGGAGGUGGUGCAUCCGCCGCACAGCUUUUCUCCCGCAUAUGAUGAUGAAGGUCUCGAGAUCGAUUCUGGUGGGUUGAUUGAUCCCAAUUAUUUUGCCCACCCGGAGCGGAUUCCCCUUCCUACGGCCGUGGAGAGGGAGGAAGAGGAGGAGUUGAUGUCUCCGGUUCAAAGCUCUCCAGAAUGGGUUGAUCCUGGCACGCCGCGGGACGCUGAAGAGGAAAGUGUGGACGAAUCUAGGUCUUCGGAGGAGGAAGGGCUUGUGGUGGAAGAGGUGGAAGAUAGGGUUUUGGAAGGGAUAGCGGAAUCGAACUCGGGACCUGUUGAACCUUACUGCAGCUUUACUGAAUGGUGGAGAGCUCCCGUGGAUGUCUGGAAGACUAAAGUCAGCCAUGUGGGGACGCUUUGGUCGAUUGCUAUGGUGGCCGCCGUUAUGGGGUUUGUUAUACUUGGGCGAAGAUGGUACCGCGUUAGGAGCCAGAACAAGAAGCUUGGAAUUCAGGUUAACGCCGAUGAUAAGAGAAUCACUCAACUGAUGUUCCAAGCUGUUCGUUUGAACGAGGCAUUCUAUGCUGUGAGAAGGAUUCCAGUUGUUAAAGCUCAGAGCUUGGGCUUUCCUUUGAGGGCAGGUAGAUACAGCCGCUUGUGGGUUGGAGCUGAAUGAAUCCACCUGAUUAGACUGAGAUUUUCUUGGCAUGUUGUAAAAAUAUACAUAAUACUAGAACUUGGUAGUCUUACACUAUGAAAUUUUUUAUUUACAAAUGAGUACUGAUCGUGCAUGUCAUUAUCAGAAGUCCACAGUCUAUGUCUUAUGCACUGUAUGCUUCUUCCAUCUUCAUCAUUUCUUCUGGUGAAUGUAAAAAAAAUUUAUUUUGGCGUCACGUCUUAAAGCUGCUUUGGGAGGGAGUUGAAUAUUUUUGUUUAUCGAGGAUAUUAUUGUAAAAUUAUGGUACAUUGGGACUACUGGUAAUUGCCAAAUCAAACAAACAAGCCAGAUAUAGGAUGUGAUUGAAAUUGACGCUCA